AUGGCUGAAGAUCCAGAUCGCCAGGCAUCAGUCUUAGGAGAGAUGAGUGCUCCAACCCGUGAGAGCACCUUUCAGAGCGACAAAGUGCUCACUCAGGAAAAGCCCCCUGAGGCAGCCAACAACUCCCCGAAAGAUGCUGCUGUCGAGCAUGAAUACCCUGGGCCAUGGUCGCUCGCGGCUAUCAUGGUUGCCUUGUACUUUGCUGUUUUCCUUGUUGCUCUGGAUCGGACCAUCAUUGCUACCGCUAUACCUCGCAUCACCGACGAUUUCCAUGCCCUCGGUGAUAUUGCCUGGUAUGGUAGUGCUUACCUCCUCACAAGUUGCUCCUUCCAGCUGCUUUAUGGUCGCAUAUACACUUUCUACAAGCCAAAGUGGGUUUUUCUAGCAGCUAUCAUCAUAUUCGAGAUAGGGUCCGCCGUUUGUGGCGCUGCACCAACAUCCACGGCAUUCAUCGUUGGCAGGGCCCUCGCUGGCUUGGGUGCUUGCGGUAUUUUCUCCGGCUGUAUUGUGAUCAUCACUGAUGCCGUACCUCUGCGGAAGAGGCCCAUGAUGACAGGCUUCAUGGGCAGUCUCUUCGGCAUCGCCUCAGUCGUCGCUCCCGUGAUGGGGGGCGCUUUCACGGAUAACGUCUCGUGGAGAUGGUGCUUCUAUAUCAACUUGCCCAUCGGUGCGGUGACGAUUCUGGUCAUUCUUUUCAUUUUGAAGGCUUCUCCGCCACCAAACCCAAGUCCAGCGCACACUCCCCUGGAACGUUUGAACCAGCUCGACCCCCUCGGCACAGCGGCGUUUCUUCCCGGCAUGGUGUGCUUGAUCCUAGCAUUGACAUGGGGAGGCACAGCUUACGCCUGGAGCAACGAACGUAUUAUCGCGCUAUUCGUCCUUUCCGGUGUUCUAAUCAUUGCUUUUGUGCUGAUACAAAUGUGGAAACAAGAAACUGCCUCCGUACCACCUCGGCUUGCCAAGAAGAGAACGAUAGCCGCGGGUUUCUUGUUUUCUUUCUGCGUGGGUAGUAGCAUGAUGAUCUUCGUUUAUUACCUUCCUAUCUGGUUCCAAGCUAUCAAAGGAGUGAGUGCUGUGAAAUCAGGUAUCAUGAAUAUCCCGUUAGUCUUGUCCCUCGUUAUAGGCUCCAUCUUUGCAGGCGUUGCAGUCUCGCGACUAGGUUACUUCACUCCUUUCAUGCUCGCUGGUAGCGUCAUCAUGUCCAUUGGCGCAGGUCUUAUCUCUACCUUCACCACCACUACGGGACACAGUAAAUGGAUUGGUUACCAGUUUCUCUUUGGUAUCGGCAUUGGCCUGGGCAUGCAGCAAGGCAGUGUCGCCGCACAGACCGUUCUUGAUAGAAAGGAUGUACCAACCGGUGCAUCCCUGAUGAUGCUCGCACAGGCUUUUGGGGGUGCAGUGUUUCUUGCAGUCGCUCAAACGAUCUUUGGGAAUAGCCUUUCGAGUCAAUUGCACGCAAAUAUACCUGGCCCAAAUGGAGCUGAGGUCGCUGCAGCCGUCAUCAAUGCCGGUGCAACUGGCUUUCGCAAAGUCGUCCCUCCCGAAGACCUGCCGCUGAUUUUACCAGCUUAUAACAAGGCUCUUACAAACACUUUCUAUGCAGGCGUGGGUCUGGCAUGCGCUUCAAUUAUCGGUGGCCUUGCGACGGAAUGGGUGAGUGUCAAAAAGCCAGAGCAGAAAAAAGAGCCUGUUCCUAAGGAUGAAGAGGCAUAA